AUGGGACCCGAUGGGGAGCCGAUUGUCGACGAGGACGGCAAUGAGCUGGACGCCGGGGGUGCCGUGGGAGGGCGCAAGGCAAGGGGUAAGCGGCGGCCUCCGGCGAUCGACUUCGAUGCCCCGCCUGUCGCAGAGAGCGCCCUGGCACCACCGCCUAAACCCAAGUCUCGGGGGCGGCGAUCGCAAGAGCCGACCCUUCUCUCCGAGGACUACGUCAAGAGGGCGUUUAAGGCGGCAGAGGAUGGCUCGUCGAACUACGCCCUGCCGGAAAAUGCUAGGUUCAAGACCAAGGACCUGGGUGAGCUCUUCCUACGGACGGGAGCUUUCACUAAGCGUUGGGCCGCCGGGGAGGCGGGAGAGGCGUCGGAUGGGGCGAGGGUCGACCUUCAAGGGUUUCACGAUACCAACAACGGCGGUAGGAGUGACGACGACCUUCUCUUUGCCGACGCGGACGAUGGCUACGGGGGUGGCGACGACUUUGACGACGACGACGAUGAUGACGACGACGGGGGUUUCCAGUUCGGCGGAGGCGGUUUCGAAGCGGCCGGGGGCGACGACAACGGCGGUGGCGGCGGCGGACUCGGGACCGAGGUUGACGCGGACGGCGUUUUUGUCGAUAACUUUGAGGGCCAAGGGUUGCUGGCCGCCGGCCGUCGAGUGGAGAAGAUCAGCGUAAACUACGCGAAGAAGGCGAAGAGGGUGGACGUACGGCGCCUCAAGGGGGACCUGUGGCAAAAGAUCAACACGAAGCUCCAGUCGGACGCGGCGGUGGUGGACGUUUACCGGGAUGAGGGGGGUGGAGGGGCCGAGAACCGUUCGGAGGAGGAGGUAGAGAACAAGGAUGUCGAGUCGAAGUCACCGGCAGAUGGUGGCGACAAAGGGAAGGAGGAAGCGGAGGACGUGGUCAAGCCGGCUCCGGGGGUGGUAGACAUGACCUUCUCCAACAUCGUUUGCGACGUCGCCUCGAAGGAGGAACAGACGGGUGUUACCGUUCCGUUCUACUUCAUCUGCCUCCUUCACCUGGCCAACGAGAAGGGGCUGAAGCUGGAGGGGCGAGACGACCUUUUGGACUUUUCGGUGGCAAGCGACCCUGUCAAGGAAGGCUCGUGCUAAACGUUGCUGAGCACGUCGCCGAAACGGUUGAGGCAAGAGACACAUGUUUCCUCCUUAAUGUUGGAAAGCGUGCGCGCGCCGGAAGCCGGGGCCAAGGUGUGCUCCAGGGCGGGGUUUGUUCCAUGCUUCGGAAGAGGGGACUUUUGUCCGCCCCGCCCCUUGGCUAAUAGCACAGGUUGUAUGUACGCGGAGGGUUAGACAUUCAUUGUUGUAAAAUAUGAUGAGCUCUCGACGUUGCUUGGAGGGGGAGCAGAGCCUGCUUUUGUUUCGGUGUUUUUUUCUGUUGCAUACUCUUUGAUUAUGGCAUUUAAGUACUACCAGAAUCUGAGGGGUACGUAUUGGUAUACAACAGUAUUGGUAGAUGCCCUUUGGUCCAUCGGUCUAAGGAUAAUAGGCCAGGGAGCCUCUGGGUGAAACGAACGCUGGAUGUCGCAUCAUCUUCAAAUAGAGGUUGUGUGAGAAAGCAUGA